AUGGCCCGCCCAUCCCCGCCGCGUCGGGCCGGGCGGAGCUGGUGGCCGCUCCGCCCCUUGGUCGCUGCUACCGCCGCCGCCGCCAUGGCCGAGCAGGCGGCGGGACCCCCGGCGGGACCCCCGGCGGGGCAGCCCGGGGACCAGGCGGAGGCGGAGACGGAGACGGAGGAUCGGGCGCGCCGGGCCGGGUGCGCGCGCCCGCGGGCCGUGGAGCCGGUGCUGCUGCUGGCCACGCUGGCCAUGGGCUUGCAGGGCCCCCUCUGCACCCAGUACCUGUGGGAGCGCCUCGGCUCCGGGAACGGCAGCAGCGCCGCCCGGCAGGGAGGAGGAGGAGGAUGCGCCAACGGGAGCGGCUCCGCCAAGCAGGAGGAGGAACUGGAGACCCUGGUGGCCCACUGGAACCUCUACCUCAACCUGUCCGGCUUCCUGGUGGGCCUCUUCUCCGUCACGCUGCUCGGCCCCUGGAGCGACUCCAGAGGGCGCCGCCCGGCCCUCGUCCUCCCCUCGCUGGGCAUGGCUCUGCAGGCGGCCAUCUUCCUGGCCGUGAUGUCCCUCCGGCUCCCCGUGGCCUGGCUCCUGCUGGGCCGCAUCCUGGCCGGCCUCUCGGGCGACUACAACCUCAUCCUGGCUGCCUCCUUCGCCUACGCGGCCGAUGUCAGCGACCGGCGAGGGCGCACUUUCCGCGUGGCCAUCCUGGAGGCCUGCCUGGGCCUGGCGGGAAUGGGAGCCAGCAUCGUGGGCGGGCAGUGGCGCCAUGCCCAAGGCUACGUGGCUCCCUUCUGGCUGGCCCUCUCGGCUAGCCUCGCCGCCGCUCUCUAUGCCGCCGUCUGCCUGCGGGAAUCGGUGGAGCAGCCCGGACGGCCCGCGGGGCUCUUCACCCUCCAACAUUACGCCUCCGUCCUCCGCCUCUAUGUGCCUGGCGCCCGGGGCUGGGAGUGGCACAAGCUGCUCCUGUACUCCCUCGCCUUCUUCCUGGUGGUCACCGUGCAUUUUGGGGCCUCGGACCUGCUGGUGCUGUACGAGCUGAGCACCCCGCUCUGCUGGGGCUCGGAGCUGAUCGGCUACGGCUCGGCCGCUCACUACCUGGCCUACCUUGCCAGCUUGUUGGGGCUGCGCCUGCUGCAGACCUGCCUCGAGGACGGCUGGGUGGCCGAAGUCGGCCUGCUGUCCAACGUCCUGGGCCUGGGGACGAUCGCCCUGGCGAGCACCACACCCCUGAUGUUCACAGGAUACGGCCUCCUUUUCCUCUCCAUGACGGUCACGCCUGUGAUCCGCUCCAAGUUAUCCAGGCUGGUUGACAAGAAGGAGCAAGGGGCUCUCUUUGCUGCCGUGGCCUGCGUGGAAGGCCUCUGCUCGCUGGUGGCCACGGGGGUCUUCAAUUCCCUUUACCCAGCCAGCCUCUCCUUCAUGAAAGGAUUCCCCUUCCUCUUUGGGGCCGUCAUCCUCCUCGUUCCAGCCGCCAUCAUCGGCUGGAUUGAAAUCCAGGACUCGAAACCCGACUACAGCCACUUUGCCGACAUGCCUGGUCCGCUGCAGGAGGCGGAACAAUGACCAGCUGACUUUCACCUGAGACAUGCUGUGAUUUCUGUGCCACUGGAUUGGGUGUGUCAUGAGGACUAGAACCUUUCUUCAGAUCUGUGGAGCAGGGAGGAGGAAUCGUAGCCAGGGGAGUGGCGGGGGGGGGGACGACUUUGUGUGUGCCAUUCACAUUGGCUUUUAGGGGAGACCGCAAAGAAAGCCCCCUCUUCUCUCCCAUGAAUCUCUUCUUCCGUCCCCGUUCUGGGGUAUCACCCACCCCAGCAGUGGGGAGUAUUUUCCUUUUCUAGUGGGGCAGCUGCCGCUCUUUCCAGCCCAGUCUGUCGCAAGUCUCCAGGAAACAGAGACAGCGAGUUCAUCCCAAGAGAGCAGGCUUCUAGGACGGGCUUGGGUGCCAAGGGGGAGACGGCCCAUCUCUCGAUGACAGCUAGCUCUCCUGUGCCAAGGGAGGUGGUCCCCCCCCCACUCCUCAAGUUUGCUUCCCCAUUCUUACUUCAAGGGGAAAUUGCUGGUUGCAGACGGCUCCCGGACACACCUCGACGAGGGUGUGCAUCAAAGGACAUGUCACAAUAAAGUUGGAGGUGUGUGCUGAUAAGAUGCUCGCUCCUCUCUUUGCCCUUUUGUGGCACGUUGGUACUCUGAGGUGUGCCAACUGGGGCCCUAAAGAGCGGCCUUGGAGAUGCAUCUCGGCCUGGGGGUGGGCCUGGCGUGGGAGGGAGGGAGGGUUUUCCCACUCCUCCGCCUGUCCUUCUGCACAGAGAACAGAUAAGAAGGGAGAGCUGGCAAUUCAGGAACAUCAGAAGAGGCUGCUGGAUCGGGCCCAAAGGGGCCCACUGAGUCCAGCGUCCCGUUCUCACAGUGCAGAACCUAAGCGCCCUUUUCCCUCCUGUGAUUUCCAGCCCGUUUGCAUGCAGGACGGUGAUGAAGAAGAGUUUGGAUUUGAUAUCCCGCUUUAUCCCUCCCCGAAGGAGUCUCAAAGCGGCUAACAUUCUCCUUUCCCAUCCUCUCCCACAACAAACACUCUGCUUGGACUCACAGCUGUCCAUGGAGGUGCAGGUUAAUUCUGUAUCCAGGGCAGCUGGGUCUGGUACGCAGGAUGAGACCCUCCCUGCCCACGGACUGUCUCGCCAGAGUGGUGCAUGCUCUGGUUAUCUCUUGCUUGGACUACUGCAGUGCGCUCUAUGUGGGGCCACCUUUGAAGGUGACCCAGAAACUACAAUUAAACCAGAAUGCGGCAGCUAGACUGGGGACUGGGAGCGACCGCCGAGACCACAUAACACCGGUCUUGAAAGACCUACAUUGGCUCCCAGUAAAUUUCCAAUUCAGUGUUGGUGCUGACCUUUAAAGCCCUAAACCAGGCACCCCCAAACUUCGGCCCUCCAGAUGUUUUGGACUACAAUUCCCACCAUCCCUGACUACUGGUCCUCUUAGCUAGGGAUCAUGAGAGUUGUAGGCCAAAACAUCUGGAGGGCCGCAGCUUGGGGAUGCCUGCACUAAACAGCCUCGGUCCAGUAUACCUGAAGGAGCGUCUCUACCUCCAUCGUUCUGCCUGGACACUGAGGUCCAGUGCCAAGGGCCUUCUGGCGGUUCCCUCGUUGCAAGAUGCCAAAUUACAGGGAACUAGGCAGAGGGCCUUCUCAGUAGUGGCACCUACCCUGUGGAACGCCCUCCCAACAGAUGUCAAAGAGGAAAACAACUACCAGACUUUUAGAGGACAUCUGAAGGCUUUUAAUGCUUAAUAAAUUAUUGUAUUUUAAUAUUUCUAUUGGAAGCCGCCCAGAGUGCCUGGGGAAACCCAGCCAGAUGGGCGGGGUAUAAAUAAAUUAUUCUUAUUCUUAUUCUUAGUGAGGUGAGUAGGGCUGAGAAACUUCAGAGAAGUGUGACUAGCCCAAGGUCACCCAGCAGCUGCAUGUAGAGGAGCGGAGACUCGAACCCGGUUCCCCAGAUUACGAGUCUACCACUCUUAACCACUACACCACACUAGCUCUCAAGGAUGCCCUUGCAGAGCCGCUGCUGCCAGUCAGUGCAGGCAAACCCAGUAGUCUGGCUCGGUAUAGAGGCAGCUUCCAAGUGACCUGUGAAUCUGGUCCUUAAAAUUGACUGGCAGGGGUGCAAAUUGCAAUCAUUGGGGGUCAUAAAGACCAAGGCCCUGUGUGGGGGAACUGGGUGGUGACCGAGGGGAGACCUUCCUUCGGCACUUGGUUCCCUGUCUCCCCCUCCUCCCCCUCUUCCCUCCAACCCUCCAACUGAAAGGCACCCAUAAUUCAGGGGAACGGCUCACUUGGGCGCCUGUAUAAUUGACGCUCCCUUCCAGCUCCGCUCACGUUUCCUCCUGACUCUGCAAACUCCACGCCACUCCGGGGCCACAGAGGAGAGGCCACGAGCCUGGCACGGGCAGGAAAGGCUGGGUGAUGGGACGGCGGCUGAGAGCAGUCCAGCCAGGAAAGCAAAAAAGAUAGAUAGAUAGAUAGAUAGAUAGAUAGAUAGAUAGAUAGAUAG